GAUGGGGUCAAUGGGCCAUUCAGGACACAUGAAGAUGGGAGCAUCCGAUACAAGGGAAGGUGGUGUGUUCCUCUGAAGUGUGCAGAUAUUAAAAGACAAAUCAUGGAGGAGGGACACAACACUCCCUACUCAGUACAUCCCGGGGGAGACAAACUAUACAAAGACCUCAAAAAGAACUUUUGGUGGCCGGGAAUGAAGAGAGAAGUAGCUGAAUUCGUAUCCCGAUGUUUGAAUUGCCAAAAAGUCAAAGCAGAGAGAUGUAAACCCAAGGGACUUGUGCAACCCUUGGAAGUACCUAAAUGGAAGUGGGAUUCCAUCUCGAUGGAUUUUGUUGGAGGGUUACCCUUAACUAAAUCAGGAAGAGAUAAGAUUUGGGUAAUCGUUGACCGAUUAACCAAAACUGCAAGAUUUAUUCCCAUGAAUGAAACUUGGAGCAUGGACAAGCUCGCCAAAGCCUAUGUGAAAUACGUGGUCAAACACCACGGAGUACCUCAAGACAUCAUAUCGGAUCGAGAUUCACGAUUCUUAUCUCAAUUCUGGAAGGAAUUACAAACGGCUAUGGGGACAAAAUUGAAGUUAAGUACUGCUUUUCAUCCAACCACGGAUGGACAGACCGAAAGAACAAUCCAAACGUUAGAAGACAUGUUGAGGGCAUGUGUUCUUGAUUUGCA